GCUCUGUCGCGGAGGCGGGGCUUUCGGGUCAGCGGGGGGCGGGGCCUGCGGUUGCCAGGCGCUGGGUCACUUGUGUGGGAAGUGCCGAAAUUUCAACGCGUCACAGCCGCGUUACGCACGGAUCACACGCAGAAUCUGAUCGCCGACGAGCUCGAGGGAGCGACGCGUUUAACGGCGGCACUUUAAGCGGAGAACUAGUCCUCUAGCUGAUAACUCAGCGGCUCUGCUACUAACUACUACUACACCAGCAGCAGCAGCUCGUCCGCGAGCGACACUCACGCGUCCGCAUCUCGGGGCUCGGAUCCCAGCGCUUCUGAUCGAGCGGAUCGAUCAAUCAAUGAUCAUGGAGAGGAAGAGGACGGACUGUCCGGCGCUUCCACCCGGCUGGAAGAAAGAAGAAGUGAUCCGGAAGUCCGGGCUGAGCGCUGGGAAGAGCGAUGUGUAUUAUUACAGUCCCACAGGAAAGAAGUUCCGGAGUAAACCACAGCUGUCCCGCUAUCUGGGGAACUCGGUGGAUCUGGGAUGCUUCGACUUCCGGACGGGCAAAAUGAUGCCCAGCAAGAUGCAGAAGAACAAGCAGAGACUGCGCAGCGACAACCUCAGCCUGAGCAAGGGGAAGCCGGAUCUGAACACAGCUCUGCCCAUCAGACAAACAGCCUCCAUCUUCAAACAGCCGGUCACUAAAGUGGUCAACCAUCCCAACAACAAGGUCAAGACCGACCUCCAGAGAGCCACGGAGCAGCCCAGACAGCUGUUCUGGGAGAAGCGUCUGAAGGGUCUGCGGUCAUCGGACGUGUCGGACGAGGCGCUCCGGACGAUGGACCUGCCCCGAGGUCUCCAGAGUAUCGGGCCGGACUCGUCGGACGAGACGCUCCUGUCGGCCAUCGCCAGCGCCCUUCACAUGAGCUCGGCGCCCAUCACCGGUCAGACGUCGUCGGCGGCCGAGAAGAACCCGGCCAUCUGGCUGAACACGUCCCAGCCGCUCUGCAAGGCCUUCACCGUCACAGACGAAGACAUACGGUUGGUCAGUGCACUGGAGUCCGGCUCCGCCCCUCAGUGGACGCCUGGAUAUGAUGUCAUCAGCCUGCGUCAGCGGCACACGUUCAAUAACACAGUACCCAUAGCUUCAGCCAAGCGUAUUUUUUGAUGUACAUAUCUAUAUAUAAUUGAGAACAAUGCUUAUUUUGUGUGAGACAGAAGAAAGAAAGUGUUUUAUACGGGCAAACACGGAGCAAUACUUCCUCUCGUCCAAUCAGGUCAGCGGCGCAGGGUUUUAUUGUGAACUCUUUUUACUUCGGGCCGAUGCCGUCGCUCUCUUCAGGGUCUGUAACGAAUGAUUAAUACAUCUGCAAAUGUAUGAAUGAAAAAUGCUUAUUUAAGAAAAAAAUUUUAUACCUUGAGAUAAAAAUGUGUACAUUUCUUGCAUCAUUCUAGAGUAAAUAAAAGAUUAUAUUCACAAA